UAGGCGGUUGUCAGGGAGAAGCAAGAUGGCGACCGCGACGGAGGAAGACACGGAGCUGAGGGAUCUCCUCGUGCAGACGCUGGAGACGAGCGGGGUGCUGAAUAAAAUCAAGGCAGAAUUGCGAGCAGCUGUAUUUUUAGCACUAGAAGAGCAAGAGAAAGUAGAGAACAAAACACCUCUGGUAAAUGAAAGUUUGAAAAAGUUUUUAAAUACAAAAGAUGGUCGAUUGGUGGCUAGUCUGGUUGCUGAAUUUCUUCAAUUCUUCAACCUUGAUUUUACUUUGGCUGUCUUUCAGCCUGAAUCAAGCACAUUAAAUGGGCUUGAGGCUCGAGAGAAUUUAGCACGGGACUUGGGAAUUAUAGAAGCUAAAGCUACAAAAGAAGGGCCCUUACUGCUGGAAGUGAUCAGAAGAUGCCAGCAGAAGAAGGGAGUGUCUAACUUUGGAGAGGUAGCUCCUGUAAUAUCUGAUGGUGUACAUUCUCCUCCAAAAUCAUCAGAUGGAAGAUCUAACAUACACUCAUUGCCAAGUAAGAUACCAAGGUAUAAAGGACAUCGUAAACAGAAAAGGUGCUUGGACACAACUGAGCAGGUUACUGGAACAAGUCAUAGUGAUACAAGCAUCUUGUCUGGAGAAGCAAAGAGCAAAGGCAGCAUUCACUCCUUACCCAAUGAAACAAAACUAAUUUCUCAACCAAACAAAGAUGUAGAUACCAAAGAAAAGAAUAAUCUCGCAGUAGGAGAAGAUGAUGCAGAGGGAGAUUCCUUCUUUGAUGAUCCCAUACCAAAACCAGAACAAAGUUAUGACUGGAAUAAUGACUCUAUCAAGGAAGGAAAUGCUUCUCUUUCUGAUGUACCACCUAUAAAGACUGGUCUGAGCUCUUUGUCUGGAGCACCUCCUCUAAAAAAGUCUGACAAUGCAAACUCAAUUUUGAAAGAUGUAAAGAUGAUGAAUUCUAAAUUUGGAUCACUUGAACUAGGGGAUGAAGAGGAAUAUGCUGAUGAUUUCAAUAGUACUAGUCAUCGGUCAGAGAAAAGUGAAGCCAGCAUUGGUGAAGAAAUAGAUGAUAUUUCCGUAGAAUUAGACGACUUCAAUCCUAGCGAUAAACUUGAAGACUUCACACAAGAUUUCACCAUUUCUCAGUUAAGCGGUGAAGCAGAUUACUUAGAGGAUGUUGCAUGAGUAGAACAAGCAAAGAUCUUAAUUUGUUGACUUGAAGAACUUUGUAGACUAUAUUUUAAGACAAUCACUCUGCUGAAAUAUCCCCUCCCAAAUUGUGCCUUGUGUUUCAACAGAAACUCCCCCAACAAACUGGAGUUGGGAAAAGAGUUUUUAAACUUGUAAGAACUGAAAGAAGAAGUAAUUUUGGAGCGUGGUAUUGCGGUCUCGUUAAGCUAAUUCGUAUGUGUAAUAUGUCAAAUAUUUCCCAGAAAGAUGUCCGUUGCAGGCGACAGACACAUCAAGAUGAUUGAUCUACAAGAAUUCAUAAGGGAAGAAAUCUACAAAACAGAUAAACAGUGGCAAACAUGGCUUAAUGUCAUGGCAACCAUUUGGCUUUUUGCUGAAGAACAAGCAGUAUUUGAACUUGCUCUUCUGUUGACCUAAUUAAAAUUACAGUUUUUCUCUCUUAGCUGUUGAAAUUACUUUAGUGGCCAGGAGAUAUGAACCAAGAUCUUCAAAACUGACUCGUUAGAUUGCCUAACAUGAGGCAUAUUAAAAUACUUUAGUGGCUGAAUCAUGAAUCCCUGUGGUUUCUAGUAAGUUGGUCUCUUGUUGCAACUUAGGUGCUUAGUUUUGCAUGGCCAAGAUCACUAGGUACUUCUGAAAAUUGCAGCUGGAAUAUGAGCCUUAACUCUAAACUUAUUUUUAUAUAUUUAAACAUUUGUUAUUCUAAGAUAGCCUUUUGUUUGUUAAUUUAAUGAAAGCUAUAAAUGGUUGUUAGCAUGAGGGUUUUUUUCUUUGAAACACAGCUUAAUACUGAAUAAAACUAUUCCAAGAAGGACUGUUUUAAAGUUUGGGAAUGUUAUGUGAUGAGAAUCCUUCACUUAAAAUGAUUGUGUGUGUGUGUGUGUGUGUGGUCUUUUGUUUUUUAUGUGUGGAUUUGAAGAGCAUUUAAUCUUGCCCUCUCUGAAGUUGUGGAUCACACCUCCUGCAUCAAUUUGAACCUAAAUAUGUAAAAAUGGCAAACAUCUAAAUCAUCCCUUUGUAAAUUCAUUGAAGCCCCCUAUGCAAAUUAGCUUUCAGUCCUAAAAGUGUGUAUAUUUGCCUCAUUUAUUUCAAAGGGACCUGGAUGUAUGUAACUGCAGAAUUGCAGCUUUAGGUUGUAGUUCACCAAAGAAUGACAAUACAAAAGCUUCCAAAUAAAGCACAUAGGGAGGCUGUGUAGUGGUUGGUGGACUGCUCUGGUGGACAGCAUUAAUCUCAAAUCAUGCCCUACCACAGUGGGACUUGUUUGUGAGCAAAUGUAUGUGGAAACAGGUUUUAACCGUAAGCUUUGUGAAAUAGAGUCAGUGAUGCAAAAGUUGAUACAACUUCAGCAAUACCUGCUGCAUGAUAUGUUAAAUUAAGUCCUGGCCAUUUUGUGAAACUGAAAUUAAAAAUGUAAUUAUUUGGGUACUGCAAAAAAUUACUUCUCAGAUACAUUAAGUAAAAAAAUAAUAAUAUA